AUGUCUGGUCCUACCUGGCCGCCCCCGAAAACUCCGGGUAGCCCAGAGAGACCCGUCCCCCAGAUGUCCGACUCUGGACUAGCCGUGUACAGACAGCCGCCCAAGAAGGUCUCCUCGGACACCCGGCCCAAGUAUGUGGUCUAUGACCAGAACAGGAGAGGAGGAGGAGAAAUGGCCAGUAGGUACAUGGCUACCGGUCCCACAGCUGGGCCCAUUCAGCACCACCAAGAGGACCCAGGGUUUCACCCUAAAUCUAAUGACCACUACUACCAACCACCUCCCCAAGGGCUCAAAGAAGACCAAUCCUGGAACCCUCACAUGGACCGCUACCAGCUGAUGCACCGUGCACCUCCUGAGAAGCCGAUUAGAAACCUCUCCAACAUCGAUGCAGAGAUUGACUCGCUCACCUGCAUGCUGGCUGAUAUGGACAGCUAUUCACUAAACAGCACACAGCUGUACGACAACGUGCUUUACAACAAACCCUCUGCCCAGCCAGGAGCCCCAUUUCAGGGAGAGCUGUCUAUGGGUUUCCCACCUCAGUCCACGGACGAUCCUACACCCCUAAACCCCAGUGAUCCCCACCAGGGUCUCCAGUACUUCCCCCAGCCAGACGACACCGACGCCCAGGUCUCCAAACCCUACCCCCAGCCUGUCCCUGCCUCCUUCACUAACUCCGCCAUCGCUACUGGCCCGAGGUUCAGUGUCCAGGUCAAAACAGCCCAGCCUGUCACCUACUCCCAGACUGGUAGGCAAGCUGAGCAGGGUUACACCCCUCCCCCACACAGCCAGCACACGUUGCGGACCCUGCCCCAGAAUCUCGCUUCCCAAGCCCAGGCACUGGACUCUGACGGGAGCUACAAGGGGAGUGCUGCCGGGUCUGGCGUGAGAGCCUCCCAGAGUCCCACUCCCAAAAGAGGCCCAGAGACUCACCAAUCAGGGGCAAGCUCAGAACUAGGCUCCGCCUAUCAGCCCAGUAAGGGGACAGCGUCUCUGAGACAAGAGGAGUUGGACGGGCUCACAAAGAAGUUGGUGUAUGACAUGAAUCAUCCCCCUACAGAGAAGUACGUUGGUCGCUGUGCACGUUGCGGUGGCAACGUCGUUGGUGACGUUAGCGGCGGUAUCGCCAUGGAGCAGGUGUUCCACGUGGAGUGUUUCACUUGCGUCACCUGCCAUGUCCCUUUCCGGGGGCAACAGUACUACGACCUGGACAAGCAGAGCUACUGCAAGAGCUGUUACAUUAGUGUCCUAGAGCGCUGCUCCAUGUGCUCCAAGCCCAUCCUGGACCGUAUCCUGCGGUCCAUGGGCAAUGCCUACCACCCGCGCUGCUUCAACUGCGUGGUGUGUGGCUGCUGCCUGGACGGCGUGCCCUUCACCGUGGACGCCACCUACCAGAUUUACUGCCCAGACGACUUCCACAGGAAGUUUGCCCCUCGCUGCUCAGUGUGUGGCCAGGCCAUCAUGCCCGAGCCGGGCCAGGAGGAGACUGUCAGUAUAGUGGCGCUGGGCCGCAACUUCCACGUCAACUGCUAUGUAUGUGAGGAGUGUGGUCUGCUCCUGUCCUCUGAGGAUGAGGAGCGAGGCUGUUACCCCCUGGAUGGUCACAUCCUCUGUAAGGGCUGCAGUGCCCAGCACAUCCAGAACCCCUCUGCCAAAAUCUCCACUGACUGCUAA